UGUCCCUGUGAAGAGUGAAGAAGAUGAAGAGAAACCUCAGUCCUCACAGCUUCAUCAAACACAAACUGAACAGAUGGAAACAGAAGCUGAUGGAGAGGACUGUGGAGGACCAGAACCAGACAGGAACUCUGAUCCAGAUCCACAUUUACAACCUGAUUCAAGUCAACAGCCUGCAGACUCUUCUGAACCUGAGACUGAUGACAGUGCUGAUUGGAAGGAGACCAGAGAACCUCAGUCAGGUUUGAACUGUUUGAAAAAUGAUGGCGGCCCUGUCAGUGAUUCUAUUGUUGGUGAUAAACCUUUCAGCUGCUCAGUUUGUAAGAAGUCUUUCACACAGAGUGGAAGUUUAAAGCUUCACAUGAGAGUCCACACAGGAGAGAAACCUUAUAGCUGCUCAGUUUGUAAGAAGUUUUUCACACAGAGUGGAAGUUUAAAGCUUCACAUGAGACUCCACACAGGAGAGAAACCAUUCAACUGCUCAGUUUGUGGUAAAGGUUUCAGUGCCAAUGGGAAUCUGAAUCAACACAUGCAAACCCACUCAGAAGAGAAACAUUUCAGCUGCUUAAUUUGCAAGAAGUCUUUCGCACAGAGUGGAAGUUUAAAGUUUCACAUGAGACUCCACACAGGAGAGAAACCUUUCAGUUGCUCAUUUUGUAAGAAAUCGUUUACACGGAGCGGAAGUUUAAAGCAACACACGAGACUCCACACAGGAGAGAAACCUUUUAACUGUUCGGUUUGUAAGAAAUCUUUUUCACAGAGUGGAAGUUUAAAGCUACACAUGAGAAUUCACACAGGAGAGAAACCUUUCAACUGCUCAGUGUGGGGUGAAGGUUUCAGUUUUAGUGGGAAUCUGAAUCAACACAUGCAAACCCACUCAGAAGAGAAACCUUUCAGCUGCUCAAUUUGUAAGAAGUCUUUCACCCAAAAUGGAAAUUUAAAACUUCACAUGAGACUCCACACAGGAGAGAAACCUUUCAGCUGCUCAAUAUGUGAAAAGUCUUUCACACAGAGUGGAAGUUUAAAGCUUCACAUGAGCCUCCACACGGGAGAGAAACCUUUCAGCUGCUCACUGUGUGGUAAAAGUUUCCGUGUAAGUGGGUCUCUGAAUCAACACAUGCAAACCCACUCAGGAGAGAAACCUUUCAGCUGCCCAAUUUGUAAGAAGUGUUUCACCCAGAGUGGAAAUUUAAAGCUUCACAUGAGACUCCACACGGGAGAGAAACCUUUUAGCUGUUCAGUUUGUCAAAGAUCUUUUGCAGAGAGAGGAAGUUUACAGAAGCACAUGAGAACUCACACAGGAGAGAAACCCUUCAACUGUUCAGUUUGUAAGAAAUCUUUUACACGGAUUGCUUAUUUACAUAUACACAUGUUAUCUCAUACAGGAGAGAAACCUUACAGCUGCUCAGUGUGUAAUAAAUCUUUUUCACAGCGGGGGAGCUUAAAGCUACACAUGAGACGCCACACAGGAGAGAAACCUUUCAGCUGCUCACUGUGUGGGAAAGGUUUCCCUGAAAGUGGGACUCUGAAUCAACACAUGCAAACCCACACGGGAGAGAAACCUUUCAGCUGCUCAGUUUGUAAGAAAUCGUUUACACGGAGAGGAAGUUUAAAGCAACACAUGAGACUCCACACAGGAGAGAAACCUUUCAACUGUUCGGUUUGUAAGAAAUCUUUUUCACAGAGUGGAAGUUUACAGCUACACAUGAGAUUCCACACAGGAGAGAAACCUUUCAGCUGCUCAGUGUGUGGUAAAGGUUUCAGUUUUAGUGGGAAUCUGAAUCAACACAUGCAAACCCACUCAGGAGAGAAACAUUUCAGCUGCUCAAUUUGUAAGAAGUCUUUCACGCAGAGUGGAAGUUUAAAGCUUCACAUGAGACUCCACACAGGAGAGAAACCUUUCAGCUGUUCAGUUUGUGGUAAAGGGUUCAGUGUAAGUGGGUCUCUGAAUCGACACAUGCAAACACAUACGGGAGAGAAACCUUUCAGCUGCUCAGUUUGUCAAAAGUCUUUUGCAGAGGGAGGAAGUUUACGGAAGCACAUGAGAAUUCACACAGGAGAGAAACCCUUCAACUGUUCAGUUUGUAAGAGAUCUUUUACACGGAGUGAGAAUUUAAAGCAACAUAUGAUAACCCACACAGGAGAGAAACCAUUCAGCUGCUCAGUUUGCAAGAAAUCUUUUACAAACGUCAAAGAACACAAAUGUGCUGGCCGCUCGUCCUCAAAGUGUCAUCAAACUGAUAAGAACAAAGAGACAAAGAGAGCCUCCAGCCAGCAGCCCACAUGAGGAGAUGCAAACAGAAGCUGAUGGAGAGGAAGUCAGGAACUCUUAUUCUUCCUCGUCUUCUUCUAUAUACAUUUGAAAGAUUGUAUUUAUAUUUUUGCUGCAUAGCAUUCUGUAAAAUGUCAAAGAUGGAUUUAAAAAGCCUGUUCUAAAUUAUGAAUGAUGAGUUCAAUUGUUGUUGUUUUUUAUGUAUAUUUAACAAUAGAAUAGUUGCAGCUGUUGUUCACAUUUUUUCAAUGUUACAAUGCUGAGAAUGCAAAUAAAACCUAUGUUCAGGUUGAUAUUUGUUUUUAUUUAAAAUGCAGUACUGUAAUCACUCCUCACCUCUUAGAGUUAACAUUUUAAGGCUUACCUUCAAAAAUAAAAGUGCAUAAGCUUUUUUUUCUUCUUUUAAAUACGAAGAUUUAAUUAUUCAUAAUCCCCCCAUUUUCCACACAGCAAGUUGCUUAUUUACAUGUAAUAUU